AAGCCAAUGUCAACAAUGCAGCUCCUGGAGGAGAAAAGGCGUUUCAUCCUAACAGAGACAAGUCCUGUCUGCCACACAACUGACUGAUGCUUACGCUCCAGUGAAAGCUGCUGUUCCAGCUCUCGGAGGGGCUGCCGGGGAAAAGCACCAUGUGGACUCGACCCUGUUUGUGAGGAAUUGACCGCGGACGAGCAGGAAAAACGGGGUGCUAGAGGGAGGGAUGUCUGCAGGUGAGGAGCGGGCCAGCGAGGCGGCAGCGCCCGUGUACGUGUACGAAUCCAAAGUGCACUGUGCCAACGUGCUGUUGACCCUGGAGGAGCAGCGGCAGCGGGGCAUCCUGUGUGACGUGACAGUAUUGGUGGAGGGUCGGGAGGUGCGCGCCCACCGGGCCGUCCUCGCCGCCAGCAGCCGCUACUUUCUGCAAGCCCUGCUGGGUCAUACUGGGUCACCAGGCGAGCCAGAGCCCAUCAUCAGCCUGCCAGACAAGGUAACGGCUAAAGGUUUUGCCCCUCUGCUGCAGUUCGCUUACACAGCCAAGCUGGUGUUGAGCCAGGAGAACAUCCAUGAAGUCAUCCUGUGUGCUGACUUCCUGGGCGUUCACAACCUGGAGGACUCCUGCUUUCGUUUCCUUCAGGCCCAGCUGCAGAAUGAUAGCCAACACGCCAGCAAUGGCAAGGUGGCAUACAACGAUGACAUCACUGUUGAGGAUGAGGUCUUAUCUGAGAUGCCUAGGGAAAUAUCAUUGGAUGGUUCUGCAGAGACCAGACAUCAGAUUAAUCAUGUAGCCAGCACUGCACCACCUCCUGCUGACCUUCCCCGUUGCCCCAAAUACAGGAAGUAUCAGUAUCAGGCCUGCAACAACAAGCACAAUGGUGAAAACCAUCAUGGCAAUGAUGAUGUAAUUUCAGCCAACCAUACCUCAAUCAGCCCCCCAAGCCUACUUCUCCCAGAUAGCAGUGCUGCUCCCCAAACUCUUCUUACCCCUUCCAGAAUCAAGGAGGAGCCCUUGGGGUUUGAGGAGGAAGGGGAUGGCAGAGAUGGCUGCAACCCUGAGUUGUGUGCUGAGGAGGUCUUGGAGAUGGAGCUGGAAGUAGAAGGGGUCCCAGUAGCAGCUGAACACUCCCCUAGCCGAGGCUCACCUUCCUCCUGCCUGCGCUCCUACCUCCAGAGAGGUGGCUUGGAUCUGAGUGGAGUGCCCAGCACUACCAUCCAGCAGCUACUUACCAACAGACUGUCCCUCAACCACUACAGGGAACUGGUCAGAGAAAGAGAGAGGGACAGAGGGGGAUCUCAGGGCUACUGCCAAGGGGACCUCAAAACUGGCAUGGCAGAAGUAUUACCAGCAACACUAACUGGCCUUGGCAGGCCCAUGGAUGGGCCAGAAUCCAAAGCCACAUCCUCUGAUGGCAUUUCUAAACAGGAGGUAGAGUUAGACCGACGCAGUGUCAUCUUUUCUUCAGCAGCUGGAGAACGACAAGGAACAUUGUCUCACUCCUAUAUGGAUCGGAAAAUUGUAGAAAAGGACUCACCAGAGCCCCCUCAAGGGUUCUCCCUUCCCUCUGGCCAGAAUGUUUCUCCUAGUCCUCUUUCCUCUUCUGUCUCAACUUUGUUAAAGAUGGAAACUGCUUCCUCUGGCCGAUCACGCCCCACCACCAGCUGCCCUGUCAAGAUAUCAGCCCGUUCCCCUCCUCCCUCUGUGGAGCCCCGAACCAGGACUUCCAGCUCCUGCUCCUCAUUCUCCUAUGUUGAGGAUGCAGGCAGCGGCAGUUCUCCUUCCAGCCUGCCCCAGUUUGACUUCUCCUCAUCACCGUGCUCGGGCUCCAUCUCUGGACUAGCCCGCUGCCUGGCCGGGGUAGGAGAGCAGAGGAACCCCAGUGGUGGAGAGGCUAUCUUCUCUCAGGGUUGCAGCAAGAUCAAGUGUGAACGGGGAUUUGGUGCCAAUGGUGCCAACUCCAGUGAUGAAUCAGGCUCUUUCUCAGAGGGGGACAGUGAGAGCGGGGUCUCCAGAGUCUCUGGUCCUGAGGUCAAGCUUCCCUUCCCUGUGGACCAAAUCACCAACCUGCCACGCAACGACUUCCAGAUCCUAAUCAAGAUGCAUAAGCUGACCUCAGAGCAGCUGGAGUUCAUCCAUGACAUCCGCCGCCGCAGCAAAAACCGCAUCGCCGCCCAGCGCUGCCGGAAGAGGAAGCUUGACUGCAUCCAGAACCUGGAAUCUGAGAUCCGCAAACUGGUGUGCGAAAAGGAGAAGUUGCUGAGUGAGCGCAACCAGCUAAAGAUUUGUAUGGGUGAGCUGUGGCAGAACCUGUCCUUCCUCUCCCAGGAGGUUUGCAGGGAGGUGCAGGGCAGCCAGCUGGGUCUCGUCUCCACCAGCAUCGACCUCACCUCCAACCCUCCAUCACCUUCCUCUGAAGAGGGCUCAGCCCGGCCAGGGUCACCCGUUACACUGCAAAGCGAGGCGCCGUGUCCCUCUGAUGUGGUGUCUGGACAGGGGAGACAGGAAGACAGGCAACAGGGGAUAGAGGUGUCCAGUGUGGGGCAGGAGAACCCAGAGUGCCCCUUGGAGCAUGGAUCCAGUGUGGAUGUAUGUAGCCCCACUGUAACGGUGGAUUUCUGUCAGGAAAUGAGUGAAAAAUGCACAACGGAGGAGCAAAAGAGAAAUGACUGUAAUUAGAGGCUGGUGGUAAAGAAACAAAAAGUUGUUUUGUCUCCCAUAUUUGUCUUUACCUUGAUAUUUAAAGUCAAUUUGUAGUCGUUUUUUGUAAUGGAUGACACAAGAGUUGUCUUAUCAGCAAUACUGUUCAAAAGGUAUUUUUGGACUGGUAACAAUAACAAUAGCACUGGCAGCUUUUUCUCUCUUUUUCUAUUUCUCUUUCUCUGUCUCUUCCUGUCUCUUUCUCUUCUCUGCUUCCCUCCCUCUGUGGCGCAUCAUGGGAGGAUAAACUCAGGAAUUCCUCAGAAUGUUCAGUAAUAUCCCUGUUAACAUGUACAUGCACUUUACUUUACAGUCCUGUCGUUCCUUUAUAAGUACUUAGUAAACACUUUUGAUCCGUAGUAGAUGAUUAGUUGACCUUUGGACUCCAUACAUAGUUUAAUACAUACUGUAUACAGUAUCAAAUCCCUUUGUCAUAUUAGAUAAUGGACAUUUCAAGUAAUCCAGUAAUUGUUGAGGGACACAGGACUUGAAAGUAAAAUGUUACCAAAGGUAUGUAUUUGUAAAAUUGUACAUUAGAAGAAAUGGUCAAAUGGGCUCUCAUUAUGCAAAGUUUCCUUUGUCAAGCUUCACUUUUCAGACGGUCAUUUCAACACAUUCCUCUACUGCCUUUUUCACAUCUGUGCUAAGAGAAAGAGGGAUACGCCAAUGAAUAUUGUGUAAUUAGAGAAGAAUUAAGAUUUAAACAUUGUGGCACUGCCCAGCACCUCCAGGAGGCGAGGUAAGGUGUUGAAUAUAAGCAAAUGCAUUGACAUUGGCACUUAAAUCUCAAGACAAUAAGGUCCUAAGAAAUGGUGUCAAAACUACUUAAACAGUAACUUAAAUCAAAAGUGCUCUUUUUUUGAUCCAAUUAUUUAUUGUCUUUUACAUAGUAAGAAUUUAGUGUUCGUACUUAACUAUGUAUUUUGCUCCACCGUUGUUGUAUUGUAUAUAAGCCAAAUAGCCCUACUAAAAGUAUUCAGUAUGUAGGUGUAAGACACCUAAAAUUGCAAUUUCAUACAUCAUAUGUAAAUUUGUGAAAGCAAACAGUGGGUUUUUAGAUUUUCACUUGCAGUUCAGUAUAGCUAAUGGGGUAUGAUCAGAAGUUCACUGUUCUAAACAAACUCACAUUGGUGCAUUAUUGAUUGAGGGAGAUGCCAAAUUCAUCUGCUGUUGAAAAGUCGAUGGUGUGGCACGUGGCAGGGGUGAGUGUUGCCAUCUGCUGUGUUGCUACCCACUUUGAUGCACUAUGAAUUUCAGUGAAGGGCAUUGUAAUCUUGGCAGCGUUUUGGCUUCUUUGUCUGUCAUCUCACCCAGUGUUAAGGGAGGCCACAGCACAGCAAAUUAAAUAAGUUGCAGUGGCCACAAGUUCAUUGCACUUGCUGUUGUGGAAGUUGGGUAAGAGACCGAAAAUUAGUUCGAAUUUUGAGAAAAAUCCAUUCCAUUUCAGUGAGCUCAUUCAAACCCUGAUUCUUAUCACAGUAUCGUAUACCAAUGACAAAUCUCCACCGAAUGUACUGAAUGCUCAGAGUAACACUGAAGAACACUGAUCAGCUGAUUUGAAUAGACGUCAACUCAUUAAUGUGAACAUGUUAAUUUAUUUAUUUUAACUCUUGUGGGGGUUGGUGGGAUUUAGGGGAAGGUGCAUAGAUGUAAAAUUUAGGCCACUAUCCUCUCUUAGCAUCAUUUAUGUGUUUGUUAAUGGUUGUAUUUUUUUUAUAUAUUAUUAUUAUUAUUAUUGGCAAUUUGAUAAAAGAUUAGAUCUUUGAUUAUGUUAUGAGUCACAAAAAUGCUUACGAUAAGUUAUGUGAAGAUUUAAACUUAAAGGGUGUGAAUAUGUUUACAAUUUUAUGUGUUACCUGUUCUUUUUGUUUUGUAAAGCUAUUAAUACCUGAGAAUUAAGUUGAAUAGAAAAGCUGAUGAAGUUCUUUUUGUAACAUAAAUUAAAAAGUGUAGGUUAAUUUGUGACAAAUAUAAGCAUCUGACAUGUGCAGCUACAAUUCUUGCCUUAGAGGUUUCAGAGGCCAAACUAUUCAAUCAAAACUACACUGCAGCGUCCAAACAGCAAAAAGCUCGACAGAGACUCCACAAAACGGAGGCGGCCCCUUCUGACAAUGUGCUGUGUCCGUCUGAAAUCAAGCUUCAUUCUGGAGAAGGAGAGACAGCAGUACCGUUUCAGAUCAGUGUCGUUAUUUCACUAUUCACCAAGCGUCCUUUCCUGAUCAAUGGUGAAACUGAUAAAAACUGUUUCACUUGAAGAAUUCAUUCCAAAAUGAGAUAUUCACAUUUUGAGAAAUGCCCUCAGGAUUACUUCUUAUAAAAGAUAAUAUUAAGUCACACAUACAUUUUAAAUGUAGAGCUAGAGUAAGGAGAGACCCUGCAAUAAUAAACAUCAAAAAGAUAAACAAAACUCUUUCAUGGUAUUCAUGUCGUCCAUGCUCCGCUUCACAAAAAAGUGUACAAAAGGUUUCAAGGCCUUGAUAAGGAUGAAAUGAUGAAACAUUUCUCUGCUGGUGUUUGCGCUUUUUGCACUUGUGCACUUUUUCUGAAGCAGAACAUAGGUUAAUAAAUACUAUGAAGGAAUUUUGUCUUUUGAUGUCUGGUAGUGUGCAGGUUACCUCUUUUAGAAUAUUAAUUGGAAGACACACUUUACCUGAGCUCUGUACCAGAGAUUUGGGAAAGUCAAAAAUUCACAAAUCCCUGUGCAUUCCAGUGAUCAAACUCAUAAAGCUCAAUGCUCAAAAUUGAAACAUAUAAAUAAAUAUAAUACUCAAAAUAUUGUUCCCCAUAUAACAGGUGUUAUAUCAGUUAUAUUUGCUGCUAGUUAGUUAUUUAAGAACUGUAAGUGCAGCAUUUCAAAUUUAUAUUUAACUGUUUAUCUCAAGUUUUAGAUGUUUUCGGUACAGUUAAAAUCAUACACUGCUGAAAAUCACAUGUAUUUUGAGCAUUCUGUAGUGUUUACAGCAGUGGGUUGUGAUGUGAUCAUGUACAAAGGAGGGCCAAACAAAACUACAUAUAUGUGUGUGUGUGUAUGUAUAUAUAUAUAUACACAUAUUAUUUCACUUCUCCCCCUGCUGUUCUGUAGGACAGUAGUGGUGCUAUCUUCCUCUCAUUGUUACUGUGUGCUGGAUUGAGGUGGACAUCCCCCUAGCUAACAUUCUUAAAAGUAACCACUUUUAGUGAAGUUCAAGCAAAACUAUUGUCCAUGUGCACCUUGUAAUUAUGUGCUCACUUUAGUUCCAGCAAGUGAAACUUGAUGUUAAAUCCUCUUUGAGUGUCUAAUACUGAUUGAGUAGCACCACUGCUGUCCUACAUAACAGCAAGGGGGGAAGUGCAAUAAUAUCACAUUUUUCAAAAUGGAUGAAGUAUCCCUUUAACAUUUCAUAUGUCCUAUUAGGAAGAUGGAAUUUCUUACUUUUCACCAGCUGUGGAACACAGAAUUAAUUAAGGCAGCUCCUUUGGAUGAAUUCAGCAGUUCCAUCUAUUGUUUAAAUUUGGGCAUUUUUCUUUUCUUCCCAAAAUGAAUGUAUCCCAUUUUGGAAUCAAAUGCCUUCAUUUACUACUGAAAUAGUGGAAGACUGGAGGAACCACUCGUUCCAGUUAUUGAAUUCCAGUUUCUAUUUCCAGUUUGAGUGAAUGGCAGCCGCUUCUGGUGUCCAGCAGGUGAAAUCCAGUGCAGCUUUGGUUGAAUCCCAGGUCAUGAUUGCCGAGGUUUGUCAGGCCUCAGUUGAACACAGUGGACUCUUAACACUUAUCUACCUGGACAAUUCAGCAUACCUCUUCAUAUGGGUAAGGACUGUAUGACAGACGUAUAGACAGUUUACGUGGUGUUGUUUCUAACUUUUUACAGUGGUUAUAUCAUUGUAUUUGUAGAUUUUGGUGAGCCAUUUUUUACGUGUCCUUUUUUGAGUACCUGCAACACGACUGUUAUGCAGAUUCAGCAUUUUUUAUUUUUGUUUUUUAUCUUUGAAAGUUCAAAUUACUUGUAUUUUUUUCUGUAAAUAUUGUGCAACAUGUCGUGCUUUGUUUAUUUGAUAUGCAAAAGUUUUGAAAGAAAA